AUGUCACAAACACCUCAAUCAGAGUUGCAUGAACUCCUGUACAUAACCACCAAACCACAUACAUUCAAACAAAACCCAAAUAGAGUCCAAGCUCCGUCUAGACGAUAUAAACCAACCCGACAAUUAAUCAGUGACGAGAUAAAAUAUCUUCAAACUAAAAAAUUAAAUUAUGAUACACCAACAUAUACUUCUGUAGCUGCUCCACCCAGCCUUUUACCACCUAAGCAUUAUUGUGAUAUAACUGGAUUGGAAGGUAAAUAUAAGAGUCCGGCUAAUCAACUUCGAUUUCAUAAUGUUGAAAUAUAUCAAGAAGUCAUAAAGAAUAUCCCAUCUGGUGUAGACCAGGACUACUUGGAAUUAAGAGGGGCCAAUGUUGUAUUAAAGUAA